CCUCGCAGCAGAGGGCUCGCCCGCUGGCUUGUUUCCGGUUCCGUAGGUCCAAGAUGACGGAGCCGGGCGCCUCUCCCGAGGACCCCUGGGUCAAGGUGGAGUACGCCUACAGUGACAACAGCCUGGACCCUGGGCUUUUUGUAGAAAACACCCGUAAGGGAAGUGUAGUGUCCAGAGCUAAUAGCAUCGGUUCCACCAGUGCCUCUUCUGUCCCCAACACAGAUGAUGAGGACAGUGAUUACCACCAGGAGUCCUACAAGGAAUCCUACAAAGACCGCCGGCGGCGAGCACACACCCAGUCGGAGCAGAAGAGGAGGGACGCCAUCAAGAGAGGCUAUGAUGAUCUUCAGACCAUCGUCCCCACCUGCCAGCAGCAGGAUUUCUCCAUUGGUUCCCAAAAGCUCAGCAAAGCCAUCGUUCUACAGAAGACCAUCGACUACAUCCAGUUUUUGCAUAAGGAGAAGAAAAAGCAGGAAGAGGAGGUGUCUACACUACGCAAGGAUGUCACAGCCCUAAAGAUAAUGAAAAUGAACUAUGAGCCGAUUGUGAAGGCACAUCAAGACAACCCCCACGAGGGGGAGGACCAGGUAUCUGACCAGGUCAAGUUCAACGUGUUUCAAGGUGUCAUGGACUCACUGUUUGAGUCCUUCAAUGCCUCCAUCUCUGUGGCCAGUUUCCAAGAGCUGUCAGCCUGUGUUUUCAGCUGGAUUGAGCAGCACUGUAAGCCUCAGACCCUGCGGGAGAUCAUGAUUGGCGUCCUGCAUCAAUUGAAAAAUCAACUUUACUGAUGGCUCUUGGAAAUCUGCAGAAUGGCCAGCAAGAGGUUUUUGAGUCCUGUUUGGCCAUGGAACUGCUGGGCCUGAGAUUGGACUGUGACACCUCACGCCAGUCAGCUGGUUCCUACAUGGUGUUUGGUCUUCUCAGCCCCACUUCACCUUUAGUGGAGCUGGGGUGUUUGUUUUGUGAAAGCUUCUGAUUAAUUUAUUAUACUGACCAUAAAGUCAAACCUACCCAGUCUCCCCCCCACAUAAGUCCUCAGGAUAGGAGUCUGUUCUGGGUACCCCGAAGAGCUCCUGUCCUCUCAGUUCUUUCUCUAAGCCUCAGAUUUCUGUUCAUGAUGUGUGUAUAUGGAAACUGCCUGUUUUGGUUUCUUGGGCAACAGGUGAUUCGAGUUUGGACAUCUUGGAAGUAGUGGGAUGGGAAAAAAGGAGUGAGAGGAAAUAGUUCCACAGCCAUGAAGGUUGAAAAGCCUAGACUAGGGCUGCCUUGUUAGUCCAGAGUGAGACAGGCUUUCUGGCCAGCUGAGGGUAGGACUACCUGCUUCCUACCUUUGCCUUAUAUUCCAUUACCUCCUUCCUCCCUAUCCAGUCCUGCCCUCCGUUCCCCAGUAGUGCUGCACAGCAAAGGCAGGAGAGACACAGCACUACAUAUUUGAAAUUUUUUUAUUUUUCUAAACAUCAACAAUGCAAUUUUGCUAAAGUUACAAUUUUUGGAAAAUUAUCUGGGUCUCAAAACCA